AUGACUCCCAGCCGUAGCUGGAUGAGGGCCUUGAUGGGCUCUUUACGCAUGCCCACGGCCGUCGCGGCUCUUUUGCUUUCAUGCGCGGCCUCGCUGGCUGCUGCAGAGAAAUCGGCCGCCGAUUACUUCGUUCAUUCUCUUCCCGGCGCACCCGAGGAGCCACCGAUUAAGAUGCAUGCUGGCCACAUUGAAAUUACGCCUGAGCACAACGGAAACAUUUUCUUCUGGCACUUCCAGAACAGACACAUCGCGAAUAGGCAGCGCACUGUUAUCUGGCUGAACGGCGGCCCGGGCUGCAGCUCCGAGGAUGGCGCCCUUAUGGAGAUCGGCCCCUACCGUCUCAAGGACGACCAUACCCUAGUCUACAACGAAGGCUCGUGGAACGAGUUUGCCAACGUCCUCUUCGUCGAUAACCCGGUUGGUACCGGUUACAGUUAUGUCGACACCAAUGCCUACGUCCACGAGCUCGACGAAAUGGCCAGCCAGUUCGUGACGUUCCUGGAGAAGUGGUAUGCUCUGUUCCCCGAGUAUGAGCAUGAUGAUCUGUACAUUGCGGGCGAGUCGUAUGCCGGUCAACACAUCCCCUAUAUCGCGAAACGCAUCCUGGAGCGCAACAAGCAGCCCAACAUAAAGUACAAGUGGAAUCUUAAGGGCCUGCUCAUCGGCAACGGAUGGAUCUCCCCGCGCGAGCAAUACGAGGCAUACUUGAACUACGCCUUUGAAAAGGGGCUGGUGAAGAAGGGCAGCGACAUCGCCAACAAGCUCGAGGUGCAGCUACGCAUCUGCCAGAAGGAGCUGGCUGUCGGUCCUGCUGCUGUCGACAACCCAGACUGCGAAAAGAUUCUUCAGGAUAUGUUGAUGCUCACGUCCAAUGUCGAAAAAGGCCAGCGCAUGUGCUACAACAUGUACGAUGUGCGCCUGAAGGACACCUACCCGUCCUGUGGCAUGAACUGGCCUCCAGACCUUAAAUUCGUCACCCCUUACCUCCGCCGUACGGACGUCGUCAACGCUCUGCACGUCAACCCUAACAAAGUCACCGGCUGGGUCGAAUGUUCCGGCUUCGUCAGCUCCAACUUCCGCCCAGUCAAGUCCAAGCCAUCCAUUGACCUCCUCCCCGACCUCCUCGCCGAGAUCCCCAUCCUCCUCUUCUCUGGUGCCGAAGACCUCAUCUGUAACCACCUCGGCACUGAAGCCCUGAUCAGCAACAUGGUUUGGAACGGCGGCCGCGGCUUCGAACUCUCCCCCGGCACCUGGGCCCCCCGCCGGGAAUGGACCUUCGAGGGCGAGACGGCCGGCUUCUGGCAGGAGGCACGCAAUCUGACCUACGUCGUCUUUUACAACGCCAGCCACAUGGUCCCUUUCGACUUUCCCCGCCGCACGCGCGACAUGCUCGACCGCUUCAUGGGCGUGGAUAUCAGCUCCAUCGGCGGCAAGCCGACCGAUAGUCGUCUCGACGGCGAGAAGGGCCCCGAGACGACAGUCGGCGGCGCCGCUGGGAACAGCACGACUGCCAAACAGGAGGAGAAGGAGAAGCUGGAUGCUGCCAAGUGGGAAGCCUACCGGAGGAGUGGUGAGAUUGUGUUGGUGAUUGUUAUCAUUGCCGCUGGCGCGUGGGGUUACUUCGUCUGGAAGGACCGCCGAAAUAAGCGGCAUGAGGGCUACCAGGGCUUGGCUGGCGGCGAGAACGGUUCGGCCGGGUUCAUGGCGCAUCAUCGCAGGCAGUCGUCGCUGCGGCAGCAGCACAGGCGUCGGGACUUGGAGGCGGGCGAUUUCGAUGAGACGCAGCUAGAUUCUUUGCAUGUCAAAAGUCCUACGGAGGGAAAUAAUGCUGCCGCUGGGAGGGAGAGCCGGGAGAUGUAUAGUGUGGGUGGGGUGAGUGAAGAUGAAAGUGGAGAUGAGGAGGCAGUAAAUAAAGGGAAGGGGAAGGAGAGAGCGGAGAAUGGGGGACUGUAA